AUGGAUCCGCCGGCGGGAGCGGCUCGCCGCCUGUUCUGCCCCGCUCUGCUGCUGCUGCUACCGCUCCUGCUGCCGCCGCCCGCGAACACCCGGCUCGCCGCUGCCACCGACCCCUCAGGAGGGCCCCUCGGGCCCGCAGCGGAGCGCAUCCUGGCGGUGCCGGUGCGCACUGACGCCCAGGGCCGCUUGGUGUCCCACGUGGUGUCGGCAGCAACGACGGCCGGGGUGGGAAUACGAGCCCGCAGGGCUGCCCCUGUGGGGACCCCGGACUUCCCCGGAGACAGCGAGGAGGAUGCCGGUGGCCGCCUCUUCUACAAUGUCACCGUCUUCGGCCGAGACCUGCACCUGCGGUUGCGGCCCAAUGUCCGCCUCGUGGCGCCUGGCGCCACGGUGGAGUGGCAGGGUGACUCUGGCGCCACCCGCGUGGAGCCCCUGCUUGGGACCUGCCUCUACAUCGGAGACGUGGCGGAUCUGCCCGUAGCCUCCUCCGUGGCGCUCAGCAACUGCGACGGGCUGGCUGGUCUGAUUCGCAUGGAAGAGGAGGAGUUCUUCAUCGAGCCCCUGGAGAAGGGGUUGGCGGCGCAGGAGGCUGAGCAGGGCCGUGUACAUGUGGUGUAUCGCCGACCGCCCACUCCCAGGCCGCUGCCUCUUGGGACGACACCACAGGCCCUGGACACAGAGGCCUCUUCCGGCAGCCUGGACAGCCUGAGCCAGGCGCUGGGAAUCCUGGAGGAGCGCAUCAACAGCUCACGGCGGAGAGCACGCAGGCACAUCACGGACGACGACUACAACAUCGAGGUCUUGCUGGGCGUGGACGACUCCGUCGUGCAGUUCCACGGCAAAGAGCACGUGCAGAAGUACCUGCUAACACUUAUGAACAUCGUCAAUGAAAUCUACCACGAUGAGUCUUUGGGGGCCCACAUCAACGUGGUGCUGGUGCGGAUCAUCCUGCUGAGCUAUGGGAAGUCCAUGAGCCUCAUCGAGAUCGGGAACCCUUCCCAGAGCCUGGAGAAUGUCUGCCGCUGGGCCUACCUGCAGCAGAAGCCAGACACAGACCACGACGAGUACCACGAUCAUGCCAUUUUCCUCACUCGGCAGGACUUCGGGCCAUCGGGCAUGCAAGGCUACGCUCCUGUCACUGGGAUGUGCCACCCUGUUCGCAGCUGCACCCUGAACCACGAGGAUGGCUUCUCUUCGGCCUUUGUGGUGGCCCAUGAGACUGGCCACGUGUUGGGCAUGGAGCACGAUGGGCAAGGCAACCGCUGCGGGGACGAGGUGCGGCUGGGCAGCAUCAUGGCGCCUCUGGUGCAGGCCGCCUUCCACCGCUUCCACUGGUCUCGCUGUAGCCAGCAGGAGCUCAGCCGCUACCUGCACUCCUACGACUGUCUGCGGGAUGACCCCUUCGCCCAUGACUGGCCGGCGCUGCCCCAGCUGCCGGGGCUGCACUACUCCAUGAAUGAGCAGUGCCGUUUCGACUUUGGCCUGGGCUACAUGAUGUGCACGGCGUUCCGGACUUUAGACCCCUGCAAGCAGCUGUGGUGCAGCCACCCCGAUAACCCCUACUUCUGCAAGACCAAGAAGGGCCCCCCCUUAGAUGGGACGAUGUGCGCUCCCGGCAAGCAUUGCUUUAAGGGACACUGCAUCUGGCUGACACCUGACAUUCUCAAACGGGAUGGCAACUGGGGCGCCUGGACCCCAUUCGGCUCUUGCUCACGCACCUGCGGCACAGGUGUGAAGUUCAGGACCCGCCAGUGUGACAACCCACCCCCAGCCAAUGGUGGUCGCACCUGCUCAGGCCUUGCCUACGACUUCCAGCUCUGCAACCCUCAGGACUGCCCAGACACCCUGGCCGACUUCCGCGAGGAACAGUGCCGACAGUGGGACCUGUACUUUGAGCAUGGUGAUGGCCAGCACCACUGGCUACCCCACGAGCACCGGGAUGCCAAGGAACGUUGUCACCUCUACUGCGAGUCCAAGGAGACCGGGGAGGUGGUGUCCAUGAAGCGCAUGGUGCACGACGGCACACGCUGCUCCUACAAGGACGCCUUCAGCCUUUGCGUGCGCGGGGACUGCAGGAAGGUGGGCUGUGAUGGGGUGAUCGGCUCCAGCAAGCAGGAGGACAAGUGUGGUGUGUGUGGAGGAGACAACACCCGGUGCAAGGUGGUUAAGGGCACGUUCACACGCUCCCCCAAGAGGCACGGCUACAUCAAGAUGUUUGAGAUCCCUGCGGGAGCCAGGCACCUGCUCAUCCAGGAGGCAGACGCCACCAGCCACCACCUGGCUGUCAAGAACCUGGAGACGGGCAAGUUCAUCUUAAAUGAAGAAAACCAUGUGGAUCCCAAUUCCAAAACCUUCAUCGCCAUGGGUGUGGAGUGGGAGUACAGGGAUGAGGACGGCCGAGAGACACUGCAGACCAUGGGCCCCCUACGUGGUACCAUCACUGUGCUGGUGAUCCCCGAGGGAGACGCCCGGAUCUCGCUGACAUACAAGUACAUGAUCCAUGAGGACUCGCUCAACGUGGAUGACAACAAUGUGCUGGAAGACAACUCCGUGGGCUACGAGUGGGCCCUGAAGAAGUGGUCCCCAUGCUCCAAGCCCUGUGGCGGAGGGUCGCAGUUCACCAAAUAUGGCUGCCGCCGGAGGCUGGACCACAAGAUGGUGCACCGGGGUUUCUGCCACGCCGUUGUGAAGCCCAAGCCCAUCCGCAGGGCCUGCAACCAGCAAGAGUGCUCCCAGCCUGUGUGGGUCACAGGCGAAUGGGAGCCAUGUAGCCAGAGCUGUGGGCGGACAGGCAUGCAGGUGCGCCCCGUGCGCUGUGUCCAGCCGCUGCACAACAACACCACACGCUCCGUGCACACAAAGCACUGCAACGACAACCGGCCCGAGAGUCGCCGGGCCUGCAACCGGGAGCUGUGUCCCGGCCGCUGGCGUGCUGGCCCCUGGUCUCAGUGCUCGGUGACCUGUGGCAACGGCACCCAGGAGCGGCCAGUGCUCUGCCGCACCCCAGAUGACAACUUUGGCAUCUGCCGGGAGGAACGGCCCGAGACAGCAAGAAUCUGCCGACUCAGCCCCUGCUUCCGAAACACCUCGGACCCCUCCAAGAAAAGCUACGUGGUGCAGUGGCUGUCCCGCCCAGAUGGCGACAAGCCCGUUCAGAAGAUCUCGUCAAAAGGCCACUGCCAGGGCGACAAGUCAAUGUUCUGUAGGAUGGAAGUCUUGUCUCGCUACUGCUCCACCCCAAGCUACAACAAGCUGUGCUGCAAGUCCUGUAACCUAUACCGCAACCUCACUACAGCGGACGACAGGCUGGAACCCCCGCCUGGAAAGCACAAUGACAUAGAAGUGUUCAUGCCCACGUUCCCAGCACCCACUCCGGUCACUGAGGCACCACUGUCUCCAGUCAUCCCGCUGGAGGUCCCUGGCAACACCUCCAGCAUCAAUGCCACGGAGGACCAGCCGGAAGUCAACGCUGUGGAUGCUCCCUACAAACCCCAUGGCAUGGAGGAGGAAGCCCAGCCUCCCAACCGGAUCCCACGACGCCCAAGCCCUUACGAGAAGACCAGGAACCGAAGGAUCCAAGAGCUCAUUGAUGAGAUACGGAAGAAAGAGGUGCUCACAAAGUUCUAAUAAAGCGGAAAGAUA